AUGAGUCUCGAAUCCGAACUGGAAAGUUUGGCUCUCAGAUGCACGAGGCAGAAGCCUGUGGAAGUUGAAGGUGUCCCUUUGUUCACUGGAAUUGCAGCAAACUGGGAUUCCAUAUGGCACUUUAAAGCCCGGCCAGAUGACCUUAUCAUUUGCACUUAUCCCAAAGCAGGGACCACUUGGACGCAAGAAAUUGUGGACAUGAUCAAGCAAGGAGGAGACCCAGAAAAAUGUGCACGGGCCCCCAUCUACAAACGGAUGCCCUUCGUAGAAUACUGCCCUCCCAUACCCAGUUCAUCCUCAAGCUUUGAAAUAGCGAAAACAAUGCCUUCUCCACGUUUGCUCAAAACCCAUCUCCCUGUCCAGCUCCUGCCGCCUUCGUUCUGGCAACAAAACUGCAAAAUCAUUUAUGUGGCCAGAAACAUCAAGGAUUGUGCGGUCUCCUAUUUUCAUUUUCACCUCAUGCAUCAAUUUUUCCCAGAACCUGGAACCUGGGAUCAGUUCCUGGAAGAUUUCAUUGCUGGAAACUUGAAUUGGGGCAGUUGGUUUGACCAUGUUCGUGGUUGGUGGCUGGCUAAGAAUCAUCACCCAAUUCUGUAUCUCUUUUAUGAAGAUAUGAAAGAGAAUCCAACCCAAGAAAUCUGCAAAAUUGCCCAUUUCCUAGAUCUGGAGCUCUCGGAACAGGUGGUAAAUCAGAUUGUGCAGCACACGGUCUUUGAAAACAUGAAAGCAAAUCCACAUGCUAAUUAUACCACUAUACCUUCUCAAAUUAUGGACCAGACUGUCUCCCCCUUCAUGAGAAAAGGCACUGUAGGAGACUGGAAGGAAUAUUUCACUGUGGCUCAAAGUGAACGGCUGGAUGACAUCUGUGCUCGGGAACUUGAAGGAAGUGGCUUGACUUUUCGGACACAGCUGUAAGCACAUUUCGAUGGGCCUCUGGAGACUUUCACACAACAUUCCUGGGAUAGCUGACUUCACUUCCACAGCAGCUUCCAUGCCAGAUAUUCACUAUGGAAUCGCUAUGCUUCCUUUACUGA